AUGGAAAUGGCAGUGAUUGGGAUGGUGGGGGUGCUGUUUGUGGUCACUGUGGCAAUCACCUGCAUCCUCUGCUGCUUCAGCUGUGACUCGAAGACCCAGAAUCCUCAGGGGGGCCCUGGCCACAGCUUCACGGUGGCCACAUUUCGCCAGGAGGCUUCUCUCUUCACGGGGCCCAGUCGCCAUGCCCAGCCAGCACCAAGUGCCCGGGACUUCUGGACCUUCAUGUGA